AGAUCUUUAAAAGUCCCGUGAAACUCUUGGCGUGUGGAUCUAUGCAGGAAGAUAUCGGUGGAAAAUCUGUCCGAUUGUGAAAGCGGUGAAAAACGUGUGAGGAAGUGAAUAUUUGUGUUGAUUUUACGAGAAAGUUUUGCAUUAUAGUAUUCGGAAGUGAAGUUAGAUGAAAUCGUUUGAGGAAACAGUAUAUUUCAGCCGGAAAACUGCCACGACCUAGAAAGCGUGAAAAAAUUUUCCACAUCGCCACUCGUCUUGGGAAGAAAAAGAGAAGGAAAUCUUGAGAGUGAAGUGGACCUCUUUUCGUGGAACUGAUUCCUCAGUUCGAGUCUCGGCCAGUCAGCAGUUUAGCGAGUGAGUGUGAGGUGCGAGAAUUGGAAGAGAACCAAGCCAAAGACGCCAAAGGGAAAGAAGCCAUCAUCGGGCAGCUGCCAGAGCUUAUAGCAUUUCGCGCAGACCGCGGAGGAACGAAUCGAGGACAGUUAGUCUUGAGUUCGUGGCGUUCCGAUUUUUAUUCCAUCCGUAAUUUAUUCCCCCAACGGUUCACCGCUAGUCAGUGUGUAGUUGUGAACAACCUGUGCCAGGCCAGUGGAAAACUUGAGUCAUCACUUUUCCGAGCAGUGUUUUUUUCGUGUGGAAAAUGCCCGCCCAGUUUAAAUGUAGGAAGUAGAUAACUUCAUCAACCAAUCCGCGCGAUUUCUCAGGAAAUUAGAUCUUGGAUCUCUAGUACAAAUACACGCGAAAAUCGAAAAUAACUAGUAACGAUGCCUCCAUCUUACUGCUCGGUCGUCGGAUGCACAAAUAGUCGAAGCCCUACGUGUAGCCUGUACUGCUUUCCCAAGGAUGAUGCUGUGUGCAAGCAGUGGGUCGAGUUCUGCAACCGACCCGAGCUGUGGAAAAAGUACGACGAGAAUGGCCCCGAAUACCUGUACAAGAGUUCUCGAAUCUGCUCGGACCACUUUCAGCCGAGCGACUUCAACAAUCCAAAUCUUUUCAGUCAAGGGUUGAAAAAAGGUUCGGUGCCGACACUCUACCCAGCCAGUAAAGAACCAAGGAAUCGUUACAGUAUUGGCGGACUAAGCGGGCUCAGGACACUCGGUGAUGCAGUUAUUGGUGGUGGUGGUGGUGGUAGUAGCGGCAAUAAUUCGCCACCCAAUAACAACAACAACAAUAACACCAGCAUAGACAGCGAGUCACUCAUGGUGCCAAUGUCAGCGAAGCGACCACUGUCGUCGCAUCCUUCAGUGCAGCAACCAGUUGCCAAGCAGCGAAGAUCGCUUCCUCCCACCCUCAACACCAGCACCAACAACAGCCACGCCGCCGUGAGUGGCGUACUAGCCGGGCUGAUUCAACGCCAGCAGCUGAAAGAGCAACAGCGGAAAGCAUUCGCCGCAGCCCUACAGCUCCAACAUCGACAGCAGGUACCGAAUCACCAGCAAACACGAUCGCUGUUGGCCUCGCUAAAGCAAAAGCCAAACUCCAACAACAAUAACAACAACAACAACCACAUCAGUAGUAACAACAAUAAUACCAGCAGCGGCAAAUUGGCAGCUGCAGCACAGGAAAAGCUCGAGGAUGAACGGGGGUACGGUAUCAACUAUGUGGACAUGGAUGGAGGAGAUUCCACCGAGUACGACGCGGGCUUCCAGAAGGCAGUGGAAAAGGAACUGGCCGCCUACAAACAGCUGCAGCAGAUGAAGGCGGUAAAGGCAGCGGCUGCCGUUAUUCCAGCAUCACUUAAAUCAGAGUUGACCGUUACGCCGGCGGUUAACCAUAGCAGCGCCACCAACACCAACGGCACUAGCAGCAGUGGAACUACCCUGAACGGUACAAUGAACUACAAGGAAAAGUACGAGCAGACCCUCAAGGAACUGUUCGCCUGUCGUAAGAUAGUCAAGAACCAGAACAACGCCAUCAAGCAGCUUCAGGGUGAGAUCGACUUCCUCAACCAGCUGUUGAAGGAGAAAUGAUGCUCUUCGCUGACGGCCGGCAGGGCCACUAGCAAUAGCAGCAGCAUUCGGGUGCCAAUGGUUUUCUAGAUUUAGACUCUAUCUCGAGCAAGGAACGUAACUUAGUACACGUUUCAAACUGUAUCAUAGUGUGUUGAGUUCGUGCAAACGAGUUCUUCUCAGCACGUUCUUAAAAUUUAGUUCAAUGCAGAUUGAUAUUUCCUUCCUUCCCUUUUUCUAUCGUGCCAGUAAACCAAGUUUUAUUGUAAUGGAUUGAACUUCUUUGCUAGUAAGACACGCUUGAAGGUUCACUAGAUGUAGUUACCAUUUUAGUACUGUUUAGUGUUCAAAUUAUUGAAUCAGGCAAAUUUAUUUAAGGUUUUUGUUCGAACCACAGAAAAAAGGUAUACAUUUAUUCGCGUCAAAUAAAGAAAGCUUGCAAAACAUUCCAAUAGUAAGCAAACUGUUGAGCACAUGCAAUCUCCUGACAAAUAUUUAUAGUACAUUUUUCUAGGUUAUGCUAGUUUAUGCUGUUAAAUUUUAAUUUAUGGAACUAAUACGCUGCCGUGAAACGCAUAACAGUCCUCUAGGGGACUGUUAAGCGCCUCACUGCAGGUAUGUACUAAGGCAAAUGUAGAACCGCUCACAGUAAUUAUCAACUCGAUGAGAUAUAAACUUUUUGGAAUGCUGAAAAAGGUGCAUCGAGACCUGUAGUCAAACAAAUGAUAAUGAAUAAAGUCAUACAAAACAAUUGGAAUCUACACAAAAUCACAAUUCCGAGAACAGUUAUACGAAAACACAAAACAGGACAAGAAUGCGCCUUCAAGAGUACAGUUAGUGUAACCAAGCUUAGAAACGUUUAUACGAACAGAAACAAACAAAAAGAUAAACAAAACCAAACAAAAUGGUUUCGUAUCGACAAAACAUUUGAUAAGCUGUAGUUGGUAAAUAUGUACAUGUUAAUGUUAACAAACUGUAUAGAUCUAAUCACGUUUCGAUAGUCACAAAACAAAGCAAAAAGAAAAUAGUAUGCAACUAGUUACGAUUGAUACACGUAAAUCUUAAAA